GAGGCGGAUAACGCAGAAAGUUUCCACAGAGUGAGGAUGUGGAGCCUGUGCGCCCUAGAAGCAGAAGAAGAAGCCUGGAGGAAACCAUGACGCACAGAGAGGGCUGAGCUCCGUCUGUCAGGGGGGAGUCUGACUUCAGAGACACUUUGUCUUCACCACGUUCAAACGCUUCUUAUCCACCAGCGGUUCUCAUUACAGUUUCCUGUUGUUGUGUUGAACGAAAGUUACUGAGGAUGAAAGUGAUUCUGCUCCUGAUAGUGUCCUGCCUCGCCUUACAUAACGGGAAAGGAGCACCGACAACCGCCGUCUAUAAGUUUGUGAGAUGUAACCCUGAUGGCGACCGGGCAAACUGUGUGACUCAACAGACUGCAAAGAUGGCAUGGAGUGCAGACCUGCCAGCCAAACUGCCCCCUUCAGCUGCACAGUAUCUAGAGUCAGAGCCUGUGGAGGAUGAACAUCCUCCACAAGAGGAGGAAGAGGACGACAUUCCAGUGAAUAGUGAAGAGGGGGAGUCACCUCAGCCUGAAGAAGGUUCCGGCGGUUAUGAAGGCUCUGCAUCAGAAUGGCCAUCGUUCAUAGCUGACCGGCUGCCUUAUGAAAGUGAGACAGGCUCUGGAGAGUCCUGGACAAAGGGUGACAUGGACAUGUACAAAGGUGAAGACGAGAGGCUCAUGAGCAGGUCUGUGGCUGAUGAUGCAAAACCAGCCGAGCAGGAGCUGAGAGAUGACCACUUUCUGCAGCUGUAGACUCCACCCCCACCCUCUCCCAGACACACACAUAUACACAGGGAUAACAUCUAUUUAAUUUUCAUCUUGUCCAUUAUAAUCACAAAGUGAAUAUUGCAUCGCCACCUGGUGGUGGAGAAACUCUUCAGGCUAAUGAUCUCUUUUGAUUCUCAGUACUGUUGAUGGUAAUUAUUCUCCUCAGCAAUGUUGAAGUAUCUGCCAAAGUAAACUUAGGGUCUGCACAAAUGAGACAUAAACACACUAGUUCAAGUUGGCAGUGGCCAAUGUUUGUCCUUUCUUUUGAAAGAUGUGUAAGUUGGAAAAUGCUUUUUAACAUAAAUUUUAAAAUAUGAUGUCAAACAAUUGUAAUGCCAGUGCAAUGAGAUGGCACCUUAGUCCAUGAGUUCAGUCUAUGCAAAUGUCGUUCAAAGAGCUAUUUAAAUUAUUUCGUCCCAUUGAUGUCUAAUGUUGUGACACUUUCCCAGUGUGUAUUGUAGCUUUUCCUGGAAAGUCCUGGUCUGCAAGGUUGGCCAAGAUAAUCGUGCAAACCCAAACCGCUCAGGAAUGAUUUCACACAAUCUUAACCACUGUGAUCUGGAACAUAUUCAAAAUAUGUAUUAUGCACAUGUAUGUAUUUCAACACGCUCUGUGUUGUCUAAUAUGCAUUUGAAAUUCUUAUAAUAAAAAAGGAUUUACAACAAC